AUGGACACUCGCGACACGAAAUCAAACUCUGCCCAUCUGGAAAAUGUCCCUGAAGAGUCAACAGAGUGCGAGACAUCGCCAUGGAAGUGUCUAGCCCAGAAUCCCUGGGUCAUUCUAUUCUGUCUCUAUGGCAAUCUCGGCGCGUUGAUGUACGGGUUUGACAACCUGGUGUUGUCUCUAGCAUUGUCCAUGCCCGGGUUUGAAAUUCAAUUCGGCGAGCUCAGCAAUGGAUCAUAUGUUAUCCCGGCGUAUUGGCAGUCCCUAUGGAGUGCCAUGUCCCAGGUCGCCACGAUGCUGGGAGCUACCAUCGCUGGACCGGUGCAGGAUCACUUCGGUCGUCGUGCUGCCUUCCUACUGGGCGCGAUCGUCUCUGCUGCAGGUGUUGCCGUUGUCUAUACGGCAUCAACUCCGGGAGUUUUCCUCGCAGGAAAGAUCGUGAAUGGUCUGUCCCUUGGUAUUUGUUUGACAACUGGUCAGACAUACAUUUCGGAAGUGACUCCAAUGCAAAUCCGUGGCAUUGCCCUGUCUGCUUUCACAUUCUGCAUGAACCUUGGAUACAUGAUUGCAGCUUCUGUUGCGUUGCCCCGUAUGUCAAUGGUAACAACAUCUGCAUACAAGGUUCUGUUUGCCGCCGCAUGGGUCUGGCCAGGUGUCAUCCUUCUUUUGCUUCCACUGAUUCCCGAGUCGCCCUACUUCCUCGUCAUGAAGGACCAACUUGACAAGGCCCAAACCUCUCUCAAGAAACUAGGCAAUGAGUCUUCGCAGGUCGUGCCCCUUUUGGAUCAGAUUGUCCGUGUCAACGAAGAGGAAAAGGCCCGAAGCGCUGCCGCCAAAGGAGCCAGUUUCCUUGAAUGCUUCCGCGGUGUCAACUGGCGACGUACCAGGAUCAUCCUUAUCUGCAAUGGCCUGUCGCAGAUUAUUGGAGCCAGUUUCAUGUCGAACGGGCCUUAUUUCCUUGUCUCGGCGGGCAUGUCUUCGGCUAAGAUUGGCAUGAUGACCGAGAUUGGCAUUGGCUUUGGUCUCGCUAGCUCAAUUCUGACUGCCUACCUCAUGGCGAAAUGUGGACGCCGAAGACUCAUCAUGUUCGGUCUGUCUCUUUCGACCGUUUUCUACACCGUGAUGGGAAUUGCCGGGUGCUUCCCGAACUCGAGCACCGCCUUGUGGGUCAUCGGUGUCUUCCUCGAGCUAACCUGGUGGGUUUAUGGCCCAGCCAUCGGCCCAGCCAUGUCGAUAGCCGGAGAAGUCUCUGCAGUUCGUCUUCGUGCUAAGUCUAUGGCUGUUGGAUUCACCUUCAACUACUUCUUCUCUACCGUAUGGAAUGUUGUGAUGCCGUACCUGUACAACACAGAUGAGGCGCAUCUGGGUGGCAAGAUCGGAUGGAUCUUCGCUGGCUUAGGCGUUAUUACCUUGUUCAUCAUAUACUUCGAGGUCCCCGAGACCAAAGGCCGGUCCUUUGAAGAUCUGGAUGAGAUGUUCAAUGAGAAUGUCAGCACUCGGGCAUUCCGGACAUACCGGUGCUGUCCACCUCAGGUGCUGCGGAAGAUUGACGAAGAGUAG